CUCGGGCGGAAGUGGGGGUGGGCGCUGGCCCGGUUGCCGCAGUGACCGAGCUGAGGGAGUGGGGAGAUGGCGGCGUCGCGUCGCUCUCAGCAUCACCACCACAACCACCACGGUGUCCACCACCCGCCACCGCCACCGCCUCCGCUGCCGCCGCCUCUACCGUUGCCACUGCCGCUAUUGCCUCCGGGUGCCGCUGGAGCGGCCCCGCCGCCGCCGCCCUCGCUGAGCCCCGGGCCCGCGUCUCCCGCGGCCUCCCCGCGCCACGGCAGCCUCUCGGCGCUUCCCGACGCGGACGGGGGAGGCGGCGGCGGGCCCGGGGCCGGAGGUGGGGCUGGGCCCGGGCCUGAGAGGCCGCGUUCCCCCGAGCCUGUUGAGAGCAGCGGCUCGGCCUCGGUCCCAGCCCCGGCGGCAGCGGCCUCCGUUCCCGGACCCGUACCCGGUCCCAGUUCCUGCCCCUGCUCGGGGCCCUGUCCGGCGUCUGCCGCCGCCUCUGCCGCCUCUGUAUCCUCCUUGUCCUCGUGCUCCUCUUCGGCUUCCUCAACGUCCUCAUCCUCAUCCUCGGCCUCCUCCGCUUCGUCGUCCCCCGGCUCUCUGGGGCCCAGUCCCUCUGAGAGCCCGCCGGAGGCGGGGCCGGGGCCGGCGGUGAGCGGCGCCCUGCGCGAGCUGCUCGAGGCCUGCCGCAACGGGGACGUGGCCCGAGUGCGGAGGCUCGUGGACGCGGCCAACGUGAACGCCAAGGACCUAGCCGGCCGCAAGUCCUCCCCGCUGCACUUCGCCGCCGGUUUUGGAAGGAAGGAUGUGGUAGAACACUUACUGCAAAUGGGCGCCAAUGUCCAUGCCCGAGAUGAUGGUGGACUAAUUCCUCUUCACAAUGCCUGCUCCUUUGGCCAUGCUGAAGUUGUGAGCUUGUUGCUAUGCCAAGGGGCAGAUCCAAAUGCCCGAGACAAUUGGAACUACACGCCCCUGCAUGAAGCAUCUAUUAAGGGGAAGAUAGACGUGUGCAUUGUUCUGCUGCAGCACGGAGCUGAUCCAAACAUUCGCAACACUGAUGGGAAAUCAGCCCUGGACCUGGCAGACCCUUCCGCAAAAGCUGUCCUCACAGGUGAAUACAAGAAGGACGAACUCCUAGAAGCUGCUAGGAGUGGUAAUGAAGAGAAACUGAUGGCUUUACUGACACCUCUAAAUGUGAAUUGCCAUGCAAGUGAUGGGCGGAAGUCUACUCCUUUACACCUGGCAGCGGGCUAUAAUCGUGUCCGGAUAGUCCAGCUUCUCCUUCAGCACGGCGCUGAUGUACACGCCAAAGACAAAGGUGGACUUGUGCCUCUGCAUAAUGCAUGUUCAUAUGGACAUUAUGAAGUCACUGAAUUGCUUUUAAAGCACGGAGCUUGUGUCAAUGCUAUGGAUCUCUGGCAGUUCACCCCUCUCCAUGAGGCCGCCUCCAAGAAUCGUGUGGAAGUUUGUUCUUUGCUGCUUAGUCAUGGAGCUGACCCCACAUUGGUCAAUUGUCAUGGCAAAAGUGCUGUGGACAUGGCUCCUACACCUGAGUUGCGGGAGAGGCUCACAUAUGAAUUUAAAGGUCACUCUUUACUACAAGCAGCCAGAGAAGCAGACCUGGCCAAAGUAAAAAAAACACUUGCUUUGGAGAUCAUCAAUUUCAAGCAGCCUCAAUCUCAUGAGACAGCUCUGCAUUGCGCUGUGGCCUCCUUACACCCCAAACGUAAGCAAGUGACAGAGCUCUUACUGCGGAAAGGAGCAAAUGUGAAUGAAAAAAAUAAAGACUUCAUGACUCCCUUACAUGUUGCAGCAGAAAGAGCUCACAAUGAUGUCAUAGAGGUUCUCCACAAACAUGGAGCCAAGAUGAAUGCACUGGACACACUUGGUCAGACAGCUUUGCACAGAGCAGCCUUGGCAGGCCACUUGCAGACUUGCCGCCUCCUGCUGAGUUAUGGCUCUGAUCCUUCCAUCAUCUCCCUACAAGGUUUUACAGCUGCCCAGAUGGGAAAUGAAGCCGUGCAGCAGAUUCUAAGUGAAAGUACACCUGUGCGUACUUCGGAUGUUGACUACCGGCUCCUAGAGGCAUCCAAAGCAGGAGACUUAGAAACUGUGAAGCAACUUUGUAGCCCGCAGAAUGUGAACUGCCGAGAUUUAGAAGGCCGCCACUCAACCCCCCUUCAUUUUGCUGCUGGCUACAACCGAGUGUCAGUGGUGGAGUUCCUCCUCCAUCAUGGAGCAGAUGUUCAUGCCAAAGACAAGGGUGGCUUGGUGCCCCUUCACAAUGCUUGUUCCUAUGGCCACUACGAGGUAGCAGAGCUCUUAGUGAGACAUGGAGCAUCUGUCAAUGUCGCUGACCUGUGGAAAUUUACACCUCUGCAUGAAGCAGCUGCUAAAGGAAAAUAUGAGAUUUGUAAGCUUCUCUUAAAGCAUGGAGCAGACCCAACUAAGAAGAACAGAGAUGGCAACACACCUUUAGACUUGGUGAAGGAAGGGGACACCGACAUCCAGGACUUGCUCAGAGGAGAUGCUGCCUUGUUGGAUGCUGCCAAAAAGGGUUGCCUGGCCCGGGUACAGAAGUUGUGCACUCCUGAGAACAUCAACUGCAGAGACACACAGGGCAGAAAUUCCACUCCACUGCACCUGGCAGCAGGUUAUAAUAACCUGGAAGUCGCCGAAUAUCUUUUAGAACAUGGAGCAGAUGUUAAUGCUCAAGACAAAGGAGGCCUUAUUCCUUUACAUAACGCUGCAUCAUAUGGGCAUGUGGACAUUGCAGCAUUGUUGAUCAAAUACAACACAUGUGUGAAUGCUACAGAUAAAUGGGCCUUCACUCCGUUACAUGAAGCAGCCCAGAAAGGAAGGACACAGCUGUGUGCCCUGCUUCUAGCUCAUGGUGCAGAUCCAACCAUGAAGAACCAAGAAGGACAGACUCCUUUAGACCUUGCAACGGCUGAUGAUAUCCGGGCUUUGCUGAUUGAUGCCAUGCCUCCAGAGGCUUUGCCGACAUGUUUCAAGCCUCAAGCUACUGUUGUGAGUGCCUCUCUCAUCUCUCCAGCCUCCACCCCAUCCUGUCUUUCUGCUGCAAGCAGCCUAGACAACCUUGCUGGCCCCUUGGCAGAAUUAGCAGUAGGAGGGACUUCUAAUGCUGGGGAUGGAGCAGCAGGGGCACAAAGGAAAGAAGGGGAAGUGACAGGUCUUGACAUGAAUAUCAGCCAGUUCCUCAAAAGCCUAGGCCUUGAACACCUCCGAGAUAUAUUUGAAACGGAACAGAUAACCCUAGAUGUAUUGGCAGAUAUGGGUCAUGAAGAGUUGAAAGAAAUAGGCAUCAAUGCAUAUGGGCAUCGUCACAAAUUAAUCAAGGGGGUGGAAAGACUUUUAGGAGGGCAGCAAGAUGAGGAAACUGAGGCCCAGAGGGUGAAAGUGACUUACCCAAGGUCUACCAAGAAGUGGCAGAGCUGGGAUUCGCACCCAGGUCCUUUGACUUCAAAUCUAGCCCUCUUCCCAUUACCUCAUCCCGAUCAGAGGAGUGAGUGUACCAGCCAGCUAGCUAGCGAAGGAGGAAGCAGCACAGUUGGCAGCGUUUUCAGCACCAAUCCUUAUUUGACUUUUCACUGUGUUAAUCAGGGAACGAUCCUGUUAGACCUUGCUCCGGACGACAAGGAAUAUCAGUCGGUAGAAGAAGAGAUGCAGAGUACAAUCAGAGAACACAGGGAUGGAGGUAAUGCUGGAGGUAUCUUCAACCGAUACAACGUCAUUAGGAUUCAGAAGGUCGUGAACAAGAAAUUACGGGAACGAUUCUGUCACAGACAGAAGGAGGUGUCAGAAGAGAACCACAACCAUCACAAUGAACGCAUGCUUUUCCAUGGCUCUCCUUUCAUUAAUGCCAUUAUUCACAAAGGAUUCGAUGAGAGACAUGCAUAUAUAGGGGGCAUGUUUGGUGCCGGGAUUUAUUUUGCAGAGAAUUCUUCUAAAAGUAACCAGUAUGUUUAUGGAAUUGGAGGUGGUACUGGCUGCCCCACACAUAAAGACAGGUCCUGUUACAUCUGUCACAGGCAAAUGCUUUUCUGUCGAGUGACUCUUGGGAAGUCCUUUCUCCAGUUCAGCACCAUGAAAAUGGCCCAUGCACCCCCUGGCCAUCACUCUGUUAUUGGCAGACCUAGUGUCAAUGGUCUCGCAUAUGCAGAGUAUGUGAUCUACAGAGGGGAACAGGCGUAUCCAGAAUAUCUCAUCACAUACCAGAUCAUGAAGCCUGAUGCCCCUGCCCAGACAGCAACAACAGCAGAACAGAAGACCUAGGAAAGCCCAGGCUGAAGCCAGAUGGGACUUAAACCUGAGACUGGAUUACAUGUGAUUGUUUCCCAAAACCAAGACACCCUAUAAAAAUCCUGACAGCCUAGAAACCAGCCGUUUGUCUUUUCUAAAGCAUUGCUCUAGUGAUGACUCUGGUCAAACUAACUGGUCCCUUUAUGGAAACAUUGACCGGGGCGGCCUUUUCCCCUGGCUCAGGCAGGUUCAUCCUCCUUGCAUGUAGCCAGGUCAAUAGAGAACAAGAUUGCUUGGGUCUAGACUGAGGGACACUACAAGCGGUAGUGUUCUCAGGGUCAAAACUAAAGACGUACCUGCUCGGGCUGUUUCAUUUGCAUACAAACUACAUGAAGCCCAUGCCCAUGGACCAUACAUUUUUAGAGAUGCAUAAUCAGCUAUUUAUUUUUUGGGGGUGGAUGGGGGGAAUAAUAUUUGAAAAUGAGCCAGGACCUUCUUGAGAAUAUUUUGCACAGUCCAAAUGACUAAAAUCCUCAGCAAUGCAAAGCAAACUUGUAUCCUUACCAAGAAGGGUUUGGGUCCGAUUCUUCUCUGGUUUUUGUUUUUAUGUUUGUGCUUGGCAUAGAAUGCUUUGCUAUAAAGAACAAAAUGAGCUUUUUCUUUUCAAUUUGGCCUGUUUUUCAAGGGAAGGAUACCAAAAUAUCUAGGGCUUCAUGAGCCUGACAUAAGUUUACAGCUGCCCAAGGGCUGGUGAAAAGCAGGUAAUUUCCCCCUGCUGUUCAAAGUGCCAGUGUGUACUCACUGAGUUUGAUCCAGGGACAGGGCUGUCUAUCAGUAGAGUAAAGCGCACCGGAGGUGACAGGGUCUGAGGCAUGCCAGAGUUUUCAGAGGCAGAGGCCUCCUUGCCAAAAGUAAGUCCAUAUGGACUUAGGCAGUCAACAGAGUAGCUGAUAUCUACAUUAACAGGGAGGGAAGUAAUACUUAACCUUGUGUUGAAGGUAUACCCUUAGUAAUCAAGGGACAGAGAAAAAAUGAAAUGCCAAGUGGAGGAAAAGCCUUUCAGCUGUGAAAGGCUCUUUUUGGGAGGACUGGGUGAGUGUGUGAGCACGUGAGGCAAGGCAGGUUUCCCUCCCUUAAGUUUCCUGCCCUUAAGUUUGAGGUUUGUUUAGUUGGUUUCGAAUGUCCCCAACAUUUUCUUAAUCAAAAGUGUGAACAUCUCAACCCUUGCUGAUACGUUUCAGAAGUGUACUAAAUGGAGAUGUCACUGGUAUGAGACAUUAUUGGCUUGACUCAGCUUUUCAGUCCAUGGGUCAGGGUCUUGAGGUGGGGAAGACAGGAGACUCUUCAGCUUCUUCUGGAACCCUCUGGCAUUUGAUUUAAAGUUUAAUUGUCCCUUCUUCAUGUUGUGUUUGCCCAUGACUUCAUUGACCUUGAAGCGCAAGAAUGGCCAAACUUGAAUGAGAAUGCCAAAGUAGUUGUCUAAAGCAGUCUUUUUUUUUUUUUUUUUUUAAGAGCCUGAUAGUAAAUUCCCCUGAUAGUCAUCAAAAAAGAGCCUAAGGUGUGUCUCAGUCCUGUCCAAAAAGUUGGAAACAAUGUACCUAAGUUUCUUUUUUGGACCCUUUCCAGAUUGAGUCCCUGCUAGCUACCCUGAGCAGCUAGUCCUAGCUGGCCAUUGGGGGCCUCCAGGUGUGUCAUCAAGAGAGAGCUUUGGGGCAGCUUCCUCUAAAGAGACUUCAUGUGGGGAAGUGGUUGGAUCUUGGCUACUCUGGGCCUAUAGCAUGAAAGUCCCAGUAGCUACAUACGUAAAAGUUUGAGCUACAUUUUCAGUUUUCUGAUGUGAAUGUUCAACAAAUGAGAGGAAAUUCUUUUGUCCAUAGUAGUUUUCCCUUAUUGUGAGAAGUGCCCAUUACCUUCCCUCCCUAUGUAGGUGUAGUUCUCCAUGUUAAAUAUAGACCUCAGUGAAACAACAGGGUUCCUUAGCAUAGUGACCAUAGGAAAGGAUUCCAGAAGAAAGCCAACUUCUGAGUCUGUGUCUGUGGUUUCCCUAGUGCCUAUGAGAUUAUUGGGAGUGCUAAAUUUGGACUAGCUCCUUAGAAAAAGGAAGUGUGUCUAGCCUUGGGCAUCUGAAGUGGUGAGAAGAGGGGAAGGUACAUGCAGGAAGAUGACUUGAACUAGUUCUUAUCUGGUGAUGCUUGGAGACUGCAGUUGUCCUGCAGAAAGUAAGAAUAGGAAAAGAUUUUGGGGGUGAUGAAGUGCAUGAGAUUAUUGUGCUGCAAGGGCAGGUUGAUCAAAACCUCUAUGAUCUUUCUGAAACCUGCAUCAGUUUGCCUUCUUGGCCACAUAGAAAAUAUUGAUAGAAAACACAAAAUUGUACUUCUAGAGCCUUGACUGGUGGAUCCGAGAGAUGGCCUUCCUAGCAUGGAUAUUUCUCCUUUUGCUCAGACUCUUACAUCCUUUGCCCCUCUUCUACAUUCUCCUUUGGCCCUGCUCACCUUCCCCCUUUCCUUCCCCUAGAACCAGAAAAAGGAUAUUGCUCUUGUUCCUAUUCUUGUUGGUACCCUACAGCCGCAAUUAAGUGAUUGCCAUGUUAGCCCUGACCCCGGACUCAGCUGCAGAUUAGCCAGGUCAGUGUAUAUCACAGCAACCCAACCAUAACUCUUCACAUUUUCCUACUUCAAAUUAAACUUAUUUCCAGAUAUUUAACCUUUCAAGCAAGCAAAAUAAAAUAACCACCCUAAGAAGUUUUCUUAGAUCAAAAGACCACGUGCAGAAACUACAAAUAAAUGGACUUAGCUCUAACUCCAUGAUAACCAAGGUAAAUCUUAAGAGUUCUAUCCUUCUCAGAAUGACUUUAUGCAUUGGAACAUAGAAGAAAGUGCCUAAAAGAAGGGGAAAAAAAGCAAAAAUGGAGGUCCUAUUUAUUGUCAUCACCAUUACAUUGCUAUAGAAAACUGUGCUUAACAUUGUCUUCUAUUACAUUUCGUUUCCCCAUUCCUUUGAACCCUGUACACACCUUGUGUGUAAUUUUCAUGGUCCUCGGUGUCAAGAUUCCUGUAAACUGUCUUUGAAAGCAUUAGUGAUUUAUUCUAAACAUUUUUCUCUAGUGUAGCAAGACCCUAGUCCUCUCCAAACAGCCCUACCUUUCUACCUUCCUACCUUCUUUGCUCUUUGCUAAAGAGAGUCUGUGAAAAUAGAAUCUUUUUAGCAGUCUGGGCUAACUCUCUUGACUGACAUAAUAUUGGAAUUUACCUCAUAAAUUUACUUUGUAAAACAGUAGUUAGAUUUUUCAGAUGUCACAUUGGUACUAGUAUUAGGAAACAAUGAAAUUUGGAGUGAAAUUAAUGUGUGGUACUUAAGGUAUACCCAACCUUUUUAAAUGAACUUCUCAAAAUUGUCAUCAAAUGAAGGAGUCCUAAGUUUCUUGCUCAUUUCUGAAAGCUAUAAAAGCUCUGAUUAGAAACUUUUGUCACUGUGCUCUAUUGAGAUGAAAAUAAACCUAUCCAUGAGUAUUCCCUCUGCUGGCAUACAUCAACUUGUCAUCCUGAUCUCUUUUUGUGCCAAUUAUUCAUUCUUUCUGACUUUAUAAAAUAGCCACUUUUUAUGGCCUAACAAACCAAUGGAUGCCCUCACCAUGCCUGUUUUCUUUAGUAUGAGAAACUGGAUUGUGAGAUAAGCAAUAGGUUCAUUAUCUCCCUUCACCAUAUAGUUUGCAGCAGGCCUCCCAUUCACUCGGAAAGAUGUGAAAACAUUUCUUAUUAGAUAUGAUUGCUACCUUUCAAUAUUAAAAGAGGGAUCAUGGGAAAGAGGGAGGAGAUAUGUUGUGCAGAGUCCAUUCCAGAAGGUAGAAUGGGUACCAACUGGUAGAUAUGCCAGGGGAGUUGUUUUCAGCCCAAUCUAAGUGGAAAGAAGCUCUUAUGAUUGCGACUAUCUAGUGAGUUGGCUGUGAGAUUGUGGGUUCCCUGUCAUAUUAAGGGAUAACUUGGGGGUGUGAUGGGGACCUCUCUGGUCUUGUUCAAACUGAAGAUUCUAUUCCAAUUACACAACUUCUGAUAGGUGUCAGUUGGGCAUUUUGUGGGAACACAUUUCCUUCUGAGGCGGGGGGGAGGGAGGAGCUUAUACUUGUCAUCUGCUUCUCUAUCUUGCCCUAUACUAAAGCCUCCCACUUAUCAACUGCAUUUAAGGGUUUGAGAAAAUGCUAGGAAAAUGGCCAAAA